GCCAGAUUAGGUCACCCGACCCGCAUGGAAGCGGCGUCCUUAUCACGGGUUCCCAGUAGCAACAGCUUCGAACGCACAUCCCCCCAAGCCGUGCGCUGCAAUUGAUCUCGUCAGCUGUCUUACAACUGAGUCCAGUUCGGAAUCUGCAACGCUGUGGUUGGAGGCUCCUCGAUAUACCGAAAAUCGGCUUUCGACAGUCCCCGACCGGUUUCAUUAGGCACCAUCAUGGCAUCUCCUUCGAGAGAUCCCCUCAGCAUUCCUAGGGCCGACUCCCCGUCCCGACAAUUCGGCUCUCUACCUCGAGCAGACGCCACCGCUCGACUGGCAUCGCCCGUACCGUCGCAGCAAUAUGGCACUCCCCAGACCGGCCGCUUCGUCGGGAGCUCAAGUAGGCUAGGCGACGCCAGCGAGACCGCCAGCCUUGCUCCUCUUGCCGGAGCUGCUCCUUCAAGUGUUCAAGGUCCCGGCGUCUCGGCUCUGGCUGCCGCCUUGUCCAACUCUUUGGGAACAUCUCCACCGAGACAUGGCACACCACCGGUGCGUUCUGCCACUCCUCCGGCACGACCUCUCUCCCCGGCUGCUGCCGGCGCUCAGCUUUCGAGCACACCCAUGACCAACUAUGGAUCUUUCGACUCUCGUUCGCGAAACGCCGGUGCGGGUGCCUACGAAGACCCCGAGAUUGUCAAGAGGCAUUUGGUCCAGCCUACCGACGCUGCUUCCGAAGAGUCUAGCAUGCGUGAUGGUGUGAAGGGUAAACAGACCGUGAACGCCGAUGCCGAGACCGGACUGAACGAGGACGAGUUUUCGAGUUUGCAGCUGCAAGGCGGAGACGUGACUCGAGGCAUUUACAAGUGGACCGAAGAGGCAGAAGCCCGCAACAAGAUGCAGCGCAGCAAGAGUUUCAGCAUUUCGCGUCCGGACCCCGAGACCGAUAUUCUUGACAUCAACACGAUCAAGGUUCCGGGAGGUUUCCGUCGCAACUACCUGCGCAGGGCGGCCAGAAGCCCCUCUACGGCCAGAGAUGGUGGUGAGCGCGGCGAGGCUAGCGAAGCCUCUCAGCCUCGGCUGCUGACAUCCAGCUUCCUCGAGUUCCUUUCUAUCUAUGGCCAUUUUGCAGGUGAAGAGUUGGAGGAAGACGACGAGGCCUUACGACCCGGCGAAUACUUCUCCUCGGGCGAAGACAUGUACGAAAGCGACGACGAUAGCGACGACGACAGAGAGCCGAUGGAAGACAGCGCGCUGUUGACGCCAUCGCGCCAUAGAAGGAGACGCAAGCAGCGUGGUGGCAGUGGAAAGAACAGCCCUAUGAGCGCGGCAUUGCUUCUGCUCAAGUCAUUCGUUGGCACUGGAGUUCUCUUCUUGCCUCGUGCUUAUCUGAAUGGUGGUAUGGUCUUCAGCAACGCCGUCUUGCUUGGAGUUGCGGCGCUGAGCUACUACUGCUUCGUUCUCUUGGUUACGACUCGUCUCAAGGUCGACGGAUCUUUUGGUGAUCUUGGCGGCAUUCUUUAUGGCAAAUGGAUGAGGGCGACUAUUCUCACAUCUAUCGUAAUAAGUCAGAUCGGAUUUGUGGCGGCAUACAUGGUCUUUACGUCAGAAAACCUGCAGGCCGUUAUUCUAGCAGUAUCGGACUGCAAAUCCAACAUCGCUGUCAAGUGGUUGAUCCUCUUGCAGGUGCUCGUCUUCCUGCCAUUCUCCCUCUUGCGAGAUAUCGAGAAGCUGAGUUUCACUGCUCUUAUCGCGGACGCCUUCAUCCUGCUUGGCCUGGCCUACCUGCUUUACUACGACAUCCUUACCUUGAGUACCAACGGCAUUGCGGACAUCAUCCAGUUCAACCGCAACGAUUGGACCUUGUUCAUAGGCACAGCAAUCUUUACGUUUGAAGGAAUUGGCCUCAUCAUUCCUAUUCAGGAGUCGAUGAAGAACCCCAGCAAGUUCCCUCGUGUCAUGUUGGCGGUCAUGAUCAUCAUCUCCGUCAUCUUCAUCGGCAUGGGUGCAAUCUCGUACGCUGCCUACGGAUCCAAGACAGAGACUGUGGUGCUCCUCAACAUGCCCCAAGACAACAAGGCGGUCAACAGUGUCCAGUUCCUUUACUCUAUCGCCAUUAUGCUGUCAAUUCCUUUGCAGCUUUUCCCCGCCAUCAAGAUUACCGAGAAUGCGCUAUUUACCAAGAGCGGAAAGUACAACCCCUACAUCAAGUGGCAGAAGAACCUGUACCGCUUUUUCUUUGUCAUUCUUUGCGCCGUCAUCGCAUGGGGUGGUGCGGAUGAUCUUGACAAGUUCGUUGCCCUUGUCGGUAACUUUGCCUGUAUUCCGCUUGUCUAUAUCUACCCGCCCCUGCUUCACUACAAGGCCGUUGCGAGAAACAGACUCUGGAAGAUUUCCGAUAUCAUACUCUGCAUCUUUGGCUUCGUUGCCAUGGCUUAUACCACAACCUUGACUGUUUAUAGCUGGGCUGGUGGCUCUGAUGAAGGCAAGCCUCCGGCAUACUGCGACCGCAGGGGGAAGUAAGUUGGCACAAAGUGUCUCAGGGAAACGCAUGCGACUGCAUUUUAAUUGUCAUUCAGUGCUGUCUGGAAAGCGUUGGGUAAUCAUUGCAUGGAUUCCAGCGGGUUCUUCAAGGGUUUUGGACAGCAUCGGUCGGUCGUCAAUGAGCAUGGGCUUGUACAUAGACUGAAGAACAAGAGGCUCAUCGCCACGUUUAUAGUUCUGUAUGUGUAUACGUAGUAGCGGUUUGAUCCAAUCAAUCUAUUCUUCAGUUAAUUCUGAAAAGUCCCUGAAAACAUAAAGAACAUGGAGCUGUAGAUAUCGCGUGUCUCAGCGAUUUUGG